AUGAAACCAUCGCCAAUGGAUCUGCAGAUCGUGGGACGGCACGCGUUGCUCUUUGACGACGACGCGGCGGCGGAGGUCGUAAACUCCGGCGGUUCCCUUGUCCCCUGGUCCGUCGCCGGCGCGGCCGAUCUCCUCCUUGACCGCCACGACGUCCGCCACCUCCUCAACCGCGUCCCUCCUCAUUCAAAUCGCGCCUACUCUGUGGCCCUCCUCUCAACCCCCUCUCCUGAUGGCGUGUCCGAGGCUGAGCUUGACCGCGAGCGCUUCCUCGACCUCACCGCCGACGUCGGCACUGGAGACGCGUCCCCUUCAGGUAUAAACCCCUCUACCCUCUGUGCUUAUUGUAUAUGA